CCUAAUUCUCUAACCCAAGCCACAAGAUUCAUUUAAUCUGAAAAAUAAUAACCGACGGUUCUAAUUCAACGAAAUAUAUUGAAAUGCAAAAACCAAAUGUGAACACAGACAUACAACGUACGCCUGACGUACGAUAGCCUUUGUCAUAUAUAUUUCUUAGUGAAGAAUGAAGAGCAAGGAUAGCAUUAUAAAAGAAACCCCAAUUGUCUAGCCUGUGCAACAACAACAAUGGCACCAUCUGCCUCCAGACCAGCUUCACAGCUCAGGUUCAUACAACACAAGCAGGAGGCAUUUUGGUUCUACAGGUUCAUCUCGAUUUUGUACGACCAAGUGCUGAACCCUUGCCAAUAUACCGUGGCCAUGAGGGAGGACGCCCUCGAGGCUGCCGAUCUCAGCGACCGGAGCAUGGUCGUGGUGGAUGUCAGUGGCGGUACCGGUUUCACGACGGUGGGGAUCGUGAAGCGCGUCGAUGCAAAAAACGUAACCGUUUUGGACCAGUCGCCACACCAGCUGGUGAAAGCCAUGUAGAAGGAGGCUCUGAAGGAGUGCAAGUUCUUGCUGGGCGAUGCUGAGGACCUGCCCUUUCAGACUGAUUAUGCAGAUAGAUAUACUUAUGCUUGGAUGUAUUAAUAUUGGCUCUACAUACUACACUGACUUGGCCCGAUUCGAUAUGACUCUGAGUAGAUCUUUUACCUAACUGAUCAGUUUAAAGUUGAGCCAUCUUUUAAUCCUGUUAGGGUUAAGAAGAAUCAGAUCAACUUAAGAUCGAGUCACUUUUUGGUCCUAUAACCUAUUACAACUACUAGUAAUAUCAAAUUCCUUAUACCAACAUAUUAGAUAUGUUUGUACAAUUUUAGAAGUUUAGGUACUGUAAUGCAAGAUAAAAAAAUAAAAAGGUACUAAAGUAAAAUGUAACUUUAUCC